GCUACUAGGAAUCUAGUAGGUGUGUCACAUGAGGUGUGCCACACUGGUCGCAGUAUUUUUGUCUCGAGUGUCGUUAAAGUCAAGGAAUAGGCGUCCUUGACCUAACGAUGACCAUCAACCGGGACGACCGGUCUUCUUCACCAGCCUCAAGAUCGUCCAGAGCCUCCUCUGGAUGGUUUUGUGUGCUUCAAGAAAAUUUGAUGGAGCAGAGUGAUGAUGAUUUUGCAAACUUUGCUGAUGAGUACAUCCAAGAAGGAAAAGUCAGCGGCCUAGGGGAUGCACUCGUGGCCACUACAGUGCUGGAUGAUGGCACCAGCACUGUCUCUUCCCUUGGUGUGAGACGCUUCGACUAUGUUCGUGACCGUGGGAGCCAUGAGAAUGGAAAUUGUGAUCCAUGUGUUUUUUUCAGCACGAACCGUGGCUGUCUCAAGGGUGCAAGAUGUCGAUAUUGUCAUUUGUCUCAUCCAAACUGGGAGAAGGACAAAAACAAAGCAGCACAUCGUCCCAGGAAACAAACACGGGACAAGUUUAAAGCUGCAGUGCAUGAGCUUUUGCAAGCUUCUGACGGCAGAUUGGAACAGAUUCACGAUGAACUGCAGGCAGAAGCACGCAAGAGCCCGUAUGUCCGAAAGUUGCUUCAAGGCUACUUGGAUGUUGAAUUCGAUGGCCAGCUCUCCUUUCCAGCGCCAUAUAAUUUUGUGCCCCUUCGCUCAGCAGAAGCAUCUGAAAGGAUGCCAGGAAUGCCAGGAAUUCUUUGUGAUGACUGUGUCAAUGACAGCUAUGCAAGUUCACCACCUUUUGCUGAAGAGCAGGUGAGCACCGCUACGACGCUGGGUUUGCUGAUGGAAAGUCCGGUCCCAAAGCCGGCGCUGUAUGCGUCGCCCAAUGGGCACUCCCGGAACGUGGGAAGCCUGCGAAGCACUCCCCCCACGGUGAGGAGCAUCGUUCCUCUUCGACCUCCUCAAGCUCCUCCCUCAGCUCCCUUUGCUCCUCGAGCUCCGCUUCCUUUGCAUGCACCUCCAAGCCACGCGCCGAAUCUCAUCACUUCCGAACCUCAUAGUCCCUUAUUCGGACCUCCAGAUAAGCCUCCAGGAUCACUUGGGCACGAUCAAGUCGAGGUUCUGAACCUUUUGUUGAGUCGCUGAGUUGUGUUUCUCAACUGGGACACUCUGAUGCAACCGCCACGGCCAGACGGCCCAAAAUGGUGGGCAGUUUGCAUGAUAUCCGAAACAGUCCGACCUCCGGUUUUAAGAGGUCCUUUGUAGAGUUUCAGAAGCACAAGUUCAGUCUUUUUUUAAGUCAGUUUCACUCUGUUUCACCCUGUGCCCCACAAACCUCCCCCGAUGGCAUUUUGCGUUGGCAGAUAGGAA